UUUAGCUGUUACACCACCAGCUUCGGGCAGCAUCCCUUUACCUGAUCUUCAAUCGGUUUCACAGUUAGUUGCUGUAUAUAUCAAUGAUACGAAGUCAUGUAAAGCAACACAGCGACGGAUUGGAGAUCAGUUUUGUGUUGAGUGGACAGGACGGACAGCUUAUUUAUUCAAUUUAAUUUCCUGGAUUUAGUCUGUCAGGUUUUCUUGUCUGACGCUGCUGUCGCUUCAACCAAAUGUCCAUAUUAUAGACUGUCGGGGUGAAUGUUGAACCAACGACUUUGGGUAAUGAUCCGGCUUUAGUUUUAGUUUGCAAACGAGCUUUAGUUUGCAAACGAGGAGGCGUUCCUUGACCGGAAGUGUUGCCUGAAACACCAAACCCAGGGUGAAAAUCACUACCUCCUCCUCAAAGGCCAACUGUGUCCGGUGUCAAAAUAAACAGCUUGCUGCUGCUUACACGAAUUAAUCGAGGAGGUUCAAUCCAUUGUUACCCGAUUUUAACAACAAAUCACUCUCUCUUCUGUCAACUGCCAUAGAUGACGACGAGUCACCUGGGUUUCACCUGAACUACAGACUUCCUUCUCGGCUAACACCACCUCCACCAUGACUGCUGAUGUGAGAGGCUCUGCCCGUGUGCCUGUCCGAGGAGCUGGCGAUGGCAUGGAAACUGAAAAACCACCCAGUGCCAUUCUGGAGGUCAAUACAGAUGCGCCGCCACCGGGUCCGUCUACAGUUCCCCUCCUGAAGGUGGCUAGCCCUAAACGUAGCCCCAAAUCUAUGCGGCCUGCUCCCCAGCCUCCCGGGGUGCUCUACCUGGGCAAGUUGAGUCGAGAGGCCUGCACGGAGGUGGAAGCUGUGAGGAUCAUCAUCCCCCGCUCCGCUAUUAGCCGGCGCACCCGUACAGGGCCCGCUGAGGGCAAAGGGGAGGCCGGGCAGCAGGCUGAGGGGCAGGGCUCUCCCCCGCUGCCUCUGGUGGAGGACUGGAGAGGACAGCUGGAGAAGCUGGAGAACUCUGAGCGCAGGCUGCUGCAGGAUAAGGAAGGCCUUUCCAAUCAGCUCCGUGUGCAGACGGAGGUAAACCGCGAGCUAAAGAAGCUGCUGGUGGCGUCGGUGGGUGAUGACCUUCAGUACCACUUUGAGCGUCUGUCGCGGGAGAAGAACCAUCUGAUUCUGGAGAACGAGGCUCUUGGCCGGAGUCUGGCACACACUGCGGAGCAGCUGGAGCGAAGGAGUAUCCAGUGUGACGUCUGGAGGAGCAAGUUCCUGGCCAGCAGAGUCAUGGCAGAGGAGUUGACGAAUGCCAGAGCUGCUCUGCAGAGACAGACCAGAGAGGCACAGGGAGCAAUUCAAGACCUGCUGUUGGAGAGAGAAGAGUUCUCCAGUCACAUGGUGCUCACUCACAGAUCUCUGGAGCAGCUCCUGGUUUCUCUGCAGUGGGGCAGACAGAAGACGUACUACCCCAGUGCACAGCCCCUUAGCACAGGAGAGCUGGCAGCAGCCAAUCACAAGCUAGCAGACGCCAUCAACUCCCACCUGUUGGGAAACACCACCAGCAGCAGCGUGGUGAAGAGCAGCACUGCAACGCCUGAGCUGCUCUGCAGCACUCCGGCUGAGAAGAUGGCCGAGAAGGUGCUGAAGAUUUUAGAUCCGAUUUCCUGUUCGGAAAACAAGGCAGACCCUCCGCUCAGUGACUCCGCCCCCUCAAGCUUUCUCGGCAGUAAGAAGAGCAUCGGCAGGUUUCACCCAUAUACCCGCUACGAAAACAUUACUUUUAACUGCUGCGAGCGCUGCACUGGAGACAUCCUGGUGCUGUAGGGGGUCAAAGGGCAGCGAAACGCACCAAUCUGACACUGGUGCGGCAUCGGAGGUUAAUUCAAAUGACUCUGGAGAUCAUUGCUGUUGUGUGUUACGUGACUUCUUCGGUCGGCACCAAAAGUUAGCUGCUCCAGCAGACAUCUUUUGUAUCCGUAAGAGUCCUAAGAGUUGAUUGUUGGAUUUUCACAAUUUCAGAUGUUUUUAAAUUGAAUCAACCUGCUGUUUAUUUUGCUCUUUAACUUGAAAAAAAAAAAAAAGCUAAUAAGAAAAUGGAGUUGUUUGUUCAGGGAUGGUGAUGUGAAAGUGAUGGAAACAGAAUGCAUUUCAGAGCCGUUGCAGCCUGGUUUAAACUAUGGAAAGGGUUAUUUAUUGCUGGGAUGUGAGGUCAAAAUACUGAGUCAGUAUUACAUGGUGGACAGACAGUUAUGCUGUCUGCUUAUUCAUACUUGAACAUUAGACUAGGGGGCAGCCCGUCCCUCCAAGAAGUUAACAAACUGAUAAGGUAAUUGAACAGUCACGACGCUGUUGUACUGCAGCUGUCGCCCAGAUUUCUCAGUAUGAUGGUGCUAUCAUAUUUAUAAAAAACAUUUAUUGGUAUAUUUUGUCUAACGCAUGCUGCGAAAGCGUACGUUCAAUAUCUUGGAAGUGGUUUCUCGGUACUACAAUACUUAUAGUGUACACAAACAUCCAGUUACUUGCAAAGAGUUUAAUUUUUGUGGUGACGCAUUUUUUUGAAAAUACAAAUUCCAAUAACAUUUGAUUCGUUUUCAUUAAAUCAUGUCAUUCAUUUUGGGUGUUUUUUUUUUUUGUAAUUUCUAUUUCAAAAGUUGUUUUCAAUACUUUUUUGUUUAAAACCAAGCUGCAUAAAUGUUUCGGUUUAUUUCAUCUGUAUGGAAAAGUGUGAAUUGAUGACGGCGUAAUUUACAGUGAAAAUGCACCAUAAAAAUAUUUAUACACCUUUUGUUUUCCAUGUCAGACCAAAAUAAAGACCAAAAGAGUUUCUACCUUU